AUGGACUGGCCACUAUUGUUCCUGUACAUAAUAGGCGGUGCACUGGUAGCAUUCUGGUUGCUAUGGAGAUACAAGAACAGGAGGAUGAUACAGAUGGCGAACAAGCUGCCAGGCCCGCCCACGCUGCCACUAUUAGGAAAUGCGCUCGUGUUCAUGAACCGGCCAGAAGAGAUACUGAACAAAAUAGGAGAACUCGUGGAGACGUACGGUGAUGUUUUUAGGUUCUGGCUGGGACCUGAACUUAAUAUUGUUGUUAAAAACCCAACAGAUAUCCGUGUUUUAUUGUCAAGUACCAAAUUGAAUCAGAAAGGGCCAGUAUAUGAUUUCAUUUUGCCAUUCCUCGGUGGUGGCAUUAUAACUGGAGGACCGACCUGGCGCUUGCACAGGAAGAUAACGAUUCCAUCGUACAGCAAGAAGACCGUGGAGUACUUCUUUCCCGUCUUCAACAAGGAGUGUGAGGAGCUGGCCAAAGUCAUCUGCCAGAAGGGUCCGACGACCUUCGAUUGCUACGAAGAUGUCCUCAGAAGCACCACGCAGAGCGUUAACCAAACGGUGAUGGGGCUAUCUAAAGAAGAUUCAGUAAACUUAACCAGAUUGGAAGAAUUUAUAUUUAAAACUCACGACAUGUAUAAUCUUAUGUUUGACAAAAUGACGAAAUGGUGGUUGCAUGUGCCGCCUAUUUACUGGUUGCUUGGCAAGAAGAAGCAACAGGAUUACUACUUGAAGAUGAUAGAUGACUUGACGGAAGAUAUCGUGACACGGAGGAGGAAAGCCUUGGAAGUGUCCCAGCCGAGCGAGGAGUGCAUGGGUGUUGUGGACCGAUUAAUCCUCUCUGGAGAGCUCACUCACAAGGAGAUCAAGGAGGAGACCAUCACAUUAUUUACUAGUAGUCAAGAGGUAGCCGCUAAAAUAGCAGCGGGAGUUCUCAUGUUCCUAGCUCACUUGCCGGAUUGGCAGGAUAAAGUAUACAAGGAGAUAAUAGAAGUAGUCGGAGCUGACGGUCCAGUCACAGAUGAGCAGCUGAAGCAGCUGGAGCAGCUGGACAUGGUGUACAAGGAGACAUUGCGGUACUUCCCAAUAGCAGGGAUGAUACAGAGGACUGUGACGGAAGAUAUUACUAUUAGAGAUGGAAGCAUCAGCGUCCCAGCUGGCACAUCGCUGGUGAUACCGUUCCACAACCUCCACCGCGACCCUCGCUACUGGGAGGACCCCAAUAAAGUGAUGCCGGAGAGGUUCCUCCCAGAGAACGUGAAGAAACGAGACCCUAACGCCUUUCUACCUUUUGGUUUGGGACCUAUGGACUGUUUAGGUCGAGUUUAUGGAACGGCCCUCAUAAAAACGAUAGUGGUGUGGGUGUUGCGGUACGCUAAGUUGGAACCCGCCAUCUCCCUCGACAAUAUAAGGCUGAAUAUCGCUAUCUCUGUCACCAGCUACGAUGGUUAUAACAUUAAAGCCAGUCCUAGAAACGGGAGAAUAAAUGGACUAUCAUAAAAGGUCGUCAAUGUAAUUUGUGUGAAUGUUAGAAUGUCACUGACAUAUAGUUCUUAAAAUCUGCAUAGUGAAGUGAUAAUGGACAAGCUACGUCUCUCGAAGUACUGACGGGUGAGGGGCAAGGAAAUUGUUCGAGCGGCAUCUGUGGACUGGAAGGCGCAACGUUGAUAGACCCGCUAAGUGGAUUAACGACAUUAUCAGUGUUAAUAUUGAAUCCAAGUGGUGGUUCGUAGUAAGGAUCGUAUGGUUUUAAGCUGCCUGAUAAUUUAUUUAUGUAUUUAAUUUAAUAUGCUUCGUGCACUCGAUGUACAAUAGGUGGACUUAAUGCCGCAGGAUUUUUCUCCUAGUCUGACCUGAUAAUUCGAGUAUUUAUGUGACCAUUUCAAAAUUCUUUAGUAGCUGUGAUUGUAAACUGAGACAAGCUUGCCUGCCAAUACAGCAGGGCCUCAUGUCUGCUAUAAUUAUAAUUGUUGUCAUUCCAACACAAUCGUAUUGUCAUUUUGCUAUAAGUUCCUAAUAUGCUAAAUGCAUAAAAUUGGAUGAUUGACAGGUCAAUGGUCUCGUAAUGGAAAUGUAGUAGAAUGACAUUGCCAAUUUGCCAUAAUGCCAUUAUUAUAAAACUUUGUAGUAGAAAUAGUUUUCGAAAAACUACUAGGUACUAAAUUUGAGCAUUUGUUCAUGCCAGAUGUUAUUUAUGUUUUAUUUUACAAAAUAUCUAUCAGUAUAUUAUUAUGUUUUCGGCUUACUCACGUU